AUGCAAUUCACCUCCUUGCAUCAUCAAACCCCACCAUCCUGCACCCCUCUCCUCUCCUUCCCCUUCCCCCUUCCCCCUUCCGCCUUACCCCUUCCCCCUUCCCCCUUCCGCCUUACCCCUUCCCCCUUCCCCCUUCCGCCUUACCCCUUCCCCCUUCCCCCUCCCGCCUUACCCCUUCCCCCUUCCUCCUUCCGCCUUACCCCUCCCCCCUUUCGCCUUACCCCUUCCCCCUUACCCCUUCCCCCUUCCUCCUUCCGCCUUACCCCUCCCCCUUUCCGCCUUACCCCUUCCCCUUUCCCCCUUCCGCCUUACCCCUCCCCCCUUCCCCCUUUCGCCUUACCCCUUCCCCCUUCCCUCCCUCACCUGCAGGAGUCAGGCACGCAGCUGGCCAUGGGCCUCACAUGCGACUCGCCUCCCUGCAAUGUGAGAGAGGGGAGAGUGGCAGGGACUGGGGCGAGCGUGCCAACGCACAUGACGCUCACGCCCCUCUCGGACAGCAGCGGGAGUGAGUCGAGUGUGCCAACACGCAUGGCCAUCACAGCCCUCCCGGAAAACACGAGCAGCGAGCUGAGGGUGGAGGCGACCGACCGGCCGGGGCUGCUCAUGGAGAUCGUGGAUGUGCUCACAGGGAUGUCCAUCAGCGUGACGUCAAAAGAGAUCGACACCGAGGGCGUGGUGGCGAAGGAUGUGUUCACGGUGUCAUACCAUGGGGGGCCACUGGAUGAUGAGAUGACCACGCUCACACUCAACGCCCUCAACCACACUCUCUCCCGGCCAGACAUCAAAGCAGAGGAAAGUUAUUAG